AUGUGGACAAACUGGUCGGAGUGCAAACCGCCCUGUGGGCGCGGUCGAACGCGAUCACGAAGCCGAAAGGAAUAUAUUAAUGACGAAGAUCAGGCAAAAGGACAAUACCGCAAAAUAGUUCAGGUACAUUGUAUUAGUGCUAUUAUGGUUGGCCAAAGUUUCAAUAUACAGUGAGUGCCCGAUCUCAUGAAAUGGCCGAAAUUAUGAAAUGCGUUUUCUAUUAGGAAGAAUUACUUAGACGGGGUUGUAAUACUGAUUAACAUGCGACAUAACCCUAUAAUAUUUCGGACUCAGCAGGUAGUUGGCUUUUAAAUGCACUACUUCUCGAUCUCCUGUAGAUACCACACUCGGUAAAAAAAUGACUGCUUAAGUAGCAUGCAUUUUUCGUUGCAUUUGUUUUUGAUGGUCUUAGAAAUUCAAAUACAUUUUUAGAAAACCAUGGACAAAAUUAUGUGUUAUUUCACUCAUUCGAUAGAGGAUCACGUUAUCUUCAUAUGUUAUACUCGAUAAAAGAUUAUAAUUAGGUUUUAAAGGAGUUUUCUAAUUCCCGAAUAAUUUGGAGCCUGAUCAGCCGUUGCAUUAGGGUUAAGUGAUUUCAGUCACAAGGUGCAUGCGUUCCGCGUAAGGAAAAUCAUGCCUUCUAAAAGAUAUUAUAUAGAGUCCAUAAAAUUUUGCUAUGGGUGCGGACUAUGUUGUACACUUGAUGAGCAGCAGUCGUAAACGGACAGGUACGAUGCUGCAUGAGUAGACACUGAGCGGUCUUAAAAAUCUCAUAACUAGAAACUUAUUUAAAACCUAAUCAUAUUCUUUCUUCGAGUAUAAAAUAUGGAGAUGACGUGAUUCUCUAUCGAAUGAGUGAAAGAAAACAUAUUUUUGUCCAUGUUUUUCUAAAACAUCAACUGCACUCCUGGUGCCACAAUCACCUUUAUCUGCUAAUGUCUCUGAUGAUGGAUUCGAGUAAGGAUCCGAAACGUCAGGCAAAUAAAUUUCUUGUUCCGGUGAUCGCAUCUUCGUCUUCUGAUCAACCUCGUUGUCGUCCUGAUAUGCAGCCAGAUUUAGUGUCGUUUGUCUGUACACGGCCAAUUGUUCACUCAAAACCAAAUGUGACGUAUGGUUACUGUGCUCAAAAUGCUAGUGAUGAAUUCUCGCUGAACAGCAAAAACAAACUACUGCAGCACCAGAUGGCAUGGACAAAAUGCAUUUUUCAUGAAUUCACCAGAUGGUUCGUACGAGCAAACAACAACCCCGGCAAGCGCCUAGGAGCAAGGAAAACAGUGUGCAGAUAAAUGCAAGGGAUGAAAUUUGAAGAAAAUAAACUAUUAGAAAGCAGGUGAUUCUAUCCGUUUAUAUGCCGGGUGUAGCAGUUAAAAUAAAACAACAGCAUAAAAUAAGCUGAUAUGUUAACGCAUUUCACGCGCCGAGUCGAUAACGCUACCCAGACGGCAAGCAGAAACGACCUAUUCCUUCGAUAUUUUUGACAAAUUCUUAGUGAUUUCGUUAGUUUGCAAUUUAAAAGACUGAGUGAAUAAAGACUAAGAACAUUAGAGUAAAUAAAGACAACGUAAAAUCAACGGAGGCUUACACAUUAUUGUGGCCUUUUCUUUUAGUAUCAAAUAGAACAUGUUUUCGACAGGGGAUACUUACUAGGUGGUUUAUGACGCCAAUAUAAACCGCAUCAAUUUCUCUUGAGAGCCUUCGAACUAUAACAAAACGCAAAGAAUAAGCAAAAAUGCCUUUACCAUAGGAAAAUGGGUUAUGUCUUAGCAAGUCAGAUUAGCGUGUACUGCAGAAGAUUGUUGAUUAGACGGGUUGUCCUCGUUCUCUUGACGCGUAGUUUUAUGACAGCUGACGCCACUAUUUCUUCCUUUGAGAGGCCGAACAGAAGGAUUUUAAGAUAUUAGUGCUUUUUCCCCCGACCUAUACGGACAUAGUUUGUUAUUCCUUCGAAGAAUACUUGUAUAUCUGAGUAUGCUGUUCCAGGCUUUUUUAUGCAAGACCUCACAGAACUAAAAACUGUGUAGUAAUAAUGGCCGUGAGUCAGCUAUAAGUGUACGGACUUUAUUAUCAACUCCUUACAACUAACAGCAUAAACAUAGAUUCCACCAUUCGAUUGUCAGCUCUUGGUAAAUAAGGUACGACUUACUUGGGUUAAUGAAUUUCAGUUACCAGAUCCGCUUUCAGUACAACAAAGGUUUUGUCUACCAAAGUGGGCCGUAGAGGAUUUCUAAUUAUAGAUGUCUUACUGGCAAAAUGUGUAUUUCAUUUUCUGUUUUCGUGAUGACACAGGAAGAAGAGUGCCCACCGCGUUUAGGUGAAGACUGUCCAAUCAGUCUCCUUCAAAAUGGCUUCGCUUCGCCGGAUGAUGCCUCGUAUCGAUUUAUGGACGCGAUAUCAGACAUUGAUGGACCAUUUCUUCAACUUCAGGCUUUUGCUGCAAUGACGAUCCUUCUCUUGAUCUUCAUAGUUCAAUAUUUGCGGUUCCUCACCUAUAUGUUUACACUGUGA